AUGAGCCCCGCCGCCGCCCCGCUGCACGGCGCGCUUCACCUUCUGGACCUGCCCGAGGAUGUGCUGGCUGCCAUGGCAGCACGCCUGCCCUUCUCCCAGCGCCUGUGCCUGUCGCUGCAGGCAUCACCUUGCCUCAACCUGGGCGGCCGCUGCUACAGGUGGCUGGCACCGAGGGCGGCGGCGGUGGAGGAGCUGUGCUUUGCGGUGGCGACCCCAGAGCCAGUCGACCCGCAGCACUACUGCUCCCUCCCGGUGCCGUCCCUGCUGCUGUCGCUGUGCGAGGUGGAGGCCGGCGGGCCCGCGCUGCGCAAGCUGGCCAAGCUGUCUGUUGAGUGGCCCGAGGCGGUGGAGCUUGAUGAGGCCCUGAUGGCGGCGCGGCCGGCCUUCCGGGGCCUGCGCAAGCUGGCCUUCCCUGCCGUGGGCCGCCUGGAGGUGUGGUCCCGCCUGCCCCUGCCCAGCCUCACCGACUUCUCCCUGGCCGACGGCACCCUGGCUGGCAUGGCAUCCACCCCAGAGGCCCGCCACGCCAUCCUGGCGGCACCCUGGCUGCCGCCCACCCUGACCCAGCUCCUGGUGGUGAGCCGCAACCGGCUGACUCAUGCCAGCCUGGACCCGCUGGCACAGCUGGGGCCCAGCCUAGAGGAGCUCAACAUCUCGGAAAGCUUCCUUUCCACCUUCCCCUCCCAGCUGUCGGCGCUCACCCGCCUGCGCAUCCUCUACCUCCACAACGCCUUCAAUCGCCAUGUGCGCAUCCAGCCCGGCGACUGGCAAGCCCUGGCCCCGCUCACCCGCCUCGCCUUCCUGUCCAUCUCGGGCAACCGCCUGGCGGCGCUGCCGCCCUGCGUGGCAGCCAUGUCGCAGCUGCAGGCGCUGCAUGUGGAGGAGAAUGAGCUGGAGGCGGGGCUGCCGCUGGGCCCCAUGCUUUCCAGCCUGCGCGAGCUGCUCCUGGACUGGCAGGCAGCACUGGACAGCCCCGCAGCCCUGCGCGCCGCCACCCGCCUCUCCCGCCUGGCGCUGUCGUGCCACCGCGCCGUGGACGAGGGGCCUGGCCCAGGGCUGACCGUGAGGCCCGCCGAGGCAGCUGAGCCGCUGCUGGCGGCGUUGGCGUCCAUGCCUGCGCUGCGGUGUGUGGACGACGUUUUUGGGGAGGAGGACACCGUGACGGCCCCCGUGGCGCGCGUCAUGUGGCAGCUGGGGAGGCGCUGCCCGCGCGUGGAGCUGCGCACGCUGUCCACCACAGACAUCGGCUGGGGGAUGGCGGAGCUGGAGCGGCGGGCGGCGGCGGGGGACUGA